GUGGAACCGCUAUAUUAUGGGGUACUGAAACUGAACAACCACAAUUACAUGGAGCUCGAGGCCUAUAACCAGUGAUGCAAUCGUUUUCCGGUGACGAUUACAGUGCGAAUAGAAUAUAUGAGGGUGAGUACCUCAGAUUUGCACCCGAAUCAAUUCACAACACCCCUCCAUUCCAAGGAAAAACAUUGUCGCACCACGUGUGAAGUCCAUUCCCACCAACAACAAUCCAAUUGAAACUUAAAUCUCACUGAUCAAAUAUGGUGCCUCCUACAGCGCUCGUAGCAGCUCUCGUGCUCGAUCUCUUGGCGAUCAAAGCCUAUGGAAUAGGACCGCGAUACUUCAAUUGCCCAACGGAUCCUAAGAAUCUGAACCCAGUGCUACCACAGUUUGCUUGUCCUGUCAGUUUCGGAGGAUAUGCAGAAGGCGGGUUUGGGACAGGUAAUGUUGCUGGUGCUCCAGCCGACUACGAUACUGGCGGGGAUCCCCAGGACGGCCCGAAGGAUAAUGCCGUGAGUGAUACUCCGGAUGGUCCCCUCCGGAAAACGCUCACUUGCAACUAUCGUAAUGUUGAGACAGCGCCUUUUGGCGGGUUGAUCUGCAACUAUGAACUUACUGGUGCCCUAUUUCAACCAAACAAUUACGGAUGUCCAGAACUCUGCCCCGUUGCGGUUUCUUCGUCCACACGCACACCAACUAGUACCCCUACAAGGACUUCUUCGGCUCUGUCAACCACUACCCCUGCACGCUGUUUCAGUAACAAGGCAAAGGUUGGCAGGUUGUGUGAGGUUUAUGGCGAUAUCUCUGAUGUUGGAGGUUCCAUUUGUCCAGGAUUUCGCAAUAUCAAGGAUAGCUUCAUCAACGGAUUGCAAGGUGUCAUCAACGCCGCCGAAACCAAUAACAGGGCCAAUCCUGCUAAAGUUCAGGCACUAAAUAACUUCAAGUAUGCCUUUUUCACCACGAUAGCUGCAUCUCUUGGAGUUGCAGCUGCGAUCGCUGAAGCACCUGUGCUUGCUAUUGGUGUCGCUGCCGUGGAGGCGUUCACUGUGUACUGCGAUAUUGUUGGUUAUGUCUCAUUGAUAUCAUCGGCUUGCAAUAUCGUCAAAAACAAAUUUGCUUGCCCGAAUCCGCGAAUGACGCGGUCGGUUCCAUUUGAGCUGGCUCCAGCAUUCCAACCUCGUGCGCUCGCCCCACGUGUCGACAACCCAUGCACUAACUUUCUCCCUAUGUUGCCACCAGCUUCGAUAUGUGCCAGCUUACCGCCACUUGAAGAUUGUUCGCUUACACUCGCUGACUAUGUUGAAGGAGGAAUCUCUCCAGAGGAGGCUCAACCAUUGAUUGAUGCUUGUCCAAGAAUUCUCAAAUCGCAACAAGACCUCCAGACUCUUUGUGUACUCCGCCAAGCUGUGGCUGAUUUCGAGCCGUUCUGUGGCCCUGACCCUUAUGUGCCUUCAUCAAAUUCUACUGUGAACUGCCCAACCGGGAGAUGCAACGGCACAGUCACUGUGGUCGACUACGUCACUUUGGUGACAUGCAAUGUCUGCGCCGGAGGAUCAGCCACUGUUCAACCAGCAAAGACCAUUCCUUGCAUCGCCUGUCCAGGAGGGUCGUCUACCAUUCCUCCUUACUACGAGGCACCGUGUUCGACUUGCCCUGGAGGCUCAUCAACCGUUAUUGUUUCGGAUCAGCCACAAGCCACAGUACCCGUAGGGAAUCCGCCCAAGUAUACCGAUGUUACACUAUUUACGAGUGCUGCGGCGAGUUCCGAGGGAAGUAUUAACCUUGCCGCUGUUGUUGCUUUGGUUCUCUAUGGUUUGAUAAUUGUUUGAUUUUUGGGACGGAAAGUAUUCACUUGAUAUUAAAUUUCAAUUCGAUUCAAAAAUUGGGUACGAUUUGCUUCGGAUUCCGGUUUCGGUCGAUAGCAAUCUGUUGUGAAGAGUACCUGUACGUACGCUUAGCUUGAGGAAUAUCCUCGGGUUGCUUUUUGAUGCAGAUUCUCGCUUCUUCAUAAGUUUUAAUGCAAGACUUCAAAAUGAAUCUGACAAGCCCAAAGCUUUUAACAAAUCUUGAGAUGAGUACAGUAAAUUCUCUCGGCAGUCUGACAGUGAAUUUUCGACUCCUAUGUCUGUGGCACGUGUCUACCAUGGAACUAGUCGCAGGGCAAUCUGCG